AUGGGCGGCACGGCGGCGACGGGGCGCGCAGGGGCGCUGGCGCUGGUGCUCCUCUGCCUGGGCGCGGAGCUGGCGAGCGCGGGUGGAAAGAAGUCUUACAAUGGGCCUUGUGGGGGCCGAGAUUGCAGUGCUGGAUGCAAAUGUUUUCCAGAGAAGGGGGCGCGGGGUAGACCAGGGCCAAUUGGAACUCAAGGCCCAAUUGGUGCUCCCGGACUUACAGGACCAGAAGGUUUACCAGGAGCGAAGGGUGAGAGAGGAGCAGUGGGCUCCCCUGGACCAGCUGGUCAGAAAGGUGAUAAGGGCCCAAUGGGAGUUCCUGGAUUUCAAGGCAUCAACGGGAUUCCAGGUCACCCUGGCCAGCCUGGCCACAGAGGCCUGCCUGGCGUCGACGGCUGCAAUGGCACCAUCGGGAGUCCGGGUCUUUCUGGAUCAGAUGGUCUUCCUGGCAUACCUGGGCCACCUGGUCGUCCAGGUCCCAAAGGUCUUAAAGGAGAACCAAUUUUUGCCCAAAGCAGCCUUAAAGGAAUGAAGGGAGAAAAUGGUCUUCCUGGCUUGGAUGGAAUUUCUGGACCAAAAGGUCUUCCGGGUCCUGCAGGUUCUAUAGGCCCUAUAGGUUUGCCAGGUUUGCAGGGUCCAGUGGGUCCCCCUGGGCCACCAGGUCCAAAAGGUAACAUGGGAUUAGGCUUUCAAGGAGAGAAAGGAGAAAAGGGUGAUGUAGGACUGCCUGGCCCUCCAGGUCCCCCACCAUCCACUGGAAUACUUGAAUUUAUGGGUUUCCCAAAAGGGAAGCAAGGAGAAAAGGGUGAGCCAGGCCCUCAAGGCUUCCCUGGAGAAGAAGGAUUGCCUGGCCUGCCGGGCUUUGGAGGUAUUGGAGAAAAAGGAGAAAAGGGUGUCCCUGGCCUGCCAGGUGGCAGGGGAUUGCUGGGGCUGGAUGGAUCUGUUGGGAUUCCAGGGAGAAAGGGUCAUCCAGGUGUUCCAGGCUACCCUGGACAUGAUGGAGUAGAAGGCAUGAAGGGUGAAAUAGGUGACAUUGGUCCCCCAGGCCCUCCUAUCGUUAUUGACAGGGAAGGAGUAGUCAUUUCAGGUGCUCCAGGUGACCCUGGAACUCCAGGAAUUCCUGGCCCUCCAGGAGAUGAAGGAAUCAGUGGAUUACCAGGCCUUCCAGGAGCUCCAGGUUUUCCAGGCCUGGAACAAGAUGCAAUGGGCCCUGGAGGAUCUCCAGGUAUUCCAGGUGUUAAGGGUGAAAUAGGAGAUCCUGGAAGAGCGACGAUUGGAUUACCAGGCAGUCCAGGCAGAGCUGGCUUACCAGGCCUGCCAGGAGCACCAGGAUUGCCAGGUCCAUCACGCCCUUCAUACCUCCCAGGUGCUAUCUUGGAUGGAAGGCCUGGGACACCAGGGGAGCCUGGACAGAGAGGGCCACCAGGAGCUUUUGGUCCAAAGGGGUACAAAGGAGAUGCAGGUGAUUGUGCUUGUGAUGGAGGAGCUACAGCUGGUCAAAAAGGCAUCUCAGGUCUACCAGGUGCACCAGGAAGCCUUGGUGUGCCUGGGAUUAAAGGCAUCAGAGGAGACCCAGGCACUGCGGGGGCUCCAGGGCUGCCAGGCCCCCCGGCUUCAGCUGGUCAGCAAGGUCUUCCAGGCCCUAAGGGAGAAAAAGGGGAGCCGUCCUAUGCAACAGGCAGAGGUGCUCGUGGGGACCGUGGUGCAACAGCACCCAGAGGACCCUCAGGCAUCCCAGGAACUCCUGGCAGGGAUGGACUUCCAGGGUUGCCAGGUCCUCCAGGCCCUCCAGGUGAUGGUGGCCUAGGUUUCCCAGGUGAAAAAGGACUGCCAGGAUUACCUGGCUCCAAGGGCCAUCAUGGAGAGAUUGGUUCUCCUGGCGUUGGAUAUCCAGGUCCUAGCGGAACUCGUGGACCACCAGGUGACCCAGGAGCAGAUGGCUUUCCAGGGCAACCAGGUCUUCCUGGCCCUCCAGGUAUCACCUUGCCCUGUGUAGUUCCUGGAGCAUAUGGUUCCCCCGGGACUCCCGGCUUUCCAGGAUUGCCAGGUUCCAAAGGCAGCAAAGGCUUUCCUGGCAUUCCAGGACAGCCUGGAUUACCUGGAUCAAAAGGACAGCUAGGAUCUCCAGGAGUAAUAGGCUUGCAAGGGGGACCAGGCUUCCCUGGGCCUCGAGGAGAGCAGGGGUCACACGGACUUCCAGGACUGGAUGGGACGGAUGGAUUGCCUGGCAAGAUGGGUGCUCCAGGCUUAGCUGGAAAUAAAGGAGCUCCUGGAGAGGUGUUCGGUGCUGAGAGUGGAGCUCGUGGAGAACCUGGUAGACCUGGAUUCCCGGGUGAUAAAGGGCUGCCUGGGGAUCAUGGAUUUCCAGGACCAAAAGGUGCAGAUGGGAGACCAGGCCUCCUGGGCAUUAAAGGUGAACAGGGUAAUCCAGGAUAUACAGGCAUCCCAGGACUGCGGGGGCCUCCCGGACCUGGAGGUCCUUUUGGCAUUAAGGGAAAACCAGGACCCAUGGGAGCGGUUGGCCUUGUAGGAGCACCAGGCUGUCAAGGACUUCCUGGAGUCAAAGGACUGGCUGGAGAUACAGGUCCACAAGGCCCUGCUGGGAUGAAAGGCUUCCCAGGUCCCGAUGGUGCUCCGGGAUCUCCUGGGGAACAAGGAUUCUCAGGACGACCUGGAGCUUUUGGUCAAGAUGGACGUCCGGGGUUCUCUGGGCCAAAAGGUGAGAAAGGAUCUCCUGGCCUGCUCGGUUUCCCUGGCAUGCCAGGCCUGCCUGGUGUUCCUGGCGUGAAUGGGUUUAAAGGAACUACUGGCACAACUGGAGGAAGAGGAAGCCCUGGGAUCCUAGGACUCCAAGGUCAAAAAGGUGACAGAGGUGAUGUAGGUCCCCCUGGCCUCCCUGUUCUUGGGCCUUCAGAACAGGCACUGCAAUUCAAAGGAGACAAAGGGGAGCCUGGAUUAGCUGGACUUGGAGGAUUUCCCGGACCUAGAGGUGACAAAGGUUUCCCAGGCAGCCAUGGACAGCCUGGUCUCCCUGGUCCAACCGGAUUACCAAGCAGAGAGAGUGGUUCUCCUGGCGACCCAGGUUUCCCUGGUCCAUCUGGACAUCUUGGCCUGCCGGGACAGAAGGGUACGACUGGCAUCAUAGGAUUCCCAGGAAUGCCUGGAGAGAGAGGUUCAGAUGGCAUCAUAGGAACACCUGGGUUCCCAGGAACUAUGGGCCUUCCUGGUCCAAAGGGUGACCGGGGAGAUUCUGUUGGUGUUCCUGGCAGUGCUGGAGCAAAGGGAGAGCGAGGGGACCCUGGUUUCCCAGGAGAGAGAGGGAGAGAAGGGCCCAAAGGUGAACCAGGAUACCCAGGAAGCACUGGAGUGAAUGGACUCAAAGGUAGUCCAGGAGAUCUUGGCCAAGAAGGACCAGCAGGAAUCCCUGGAAAUGCUGGACCGAGAGGAAUUGUUGGGCCCCCAGGGCCUCCAGGACAGCCGGGAUCUGCUGGAUUCCCUGGAGCUCGUGGAGCAGCAGGACCCAAAGGGUUUCCUGGAUUUCCGGGCUUAAAUGGUCUGAAUGGCUUGCCAGGCACAAAAGGGUCUCCUGGAACACCAGGUCUCAGUGAACCUGGACUGAAGGGUCCUGCAGGUCUCCCAGGUCCAAAGGGUGAAGAGGGUUCUCCAGGCUUUGGCAGAGGAGCUCUGGGAUUCCCUGGACCAAAAGGAUCAUCAGGAGACAUGGGUCCCCCUGGUCCUAUAGGAUUACCUGGCUUGCCAGGGACACCUGGAGUUUCUCUUCCUUCUGAUAUACCUGGGAGACCUGGAGAUGCAGGCCACCCAGGAAUUGAUGGAAGUUCAGGUCUCCCAGGUCCUCCAGGUCCACGAGGGGCCCCAGGCCCAGCUUCUGAUCAAGGUGACACAGGCAAUCCAGGUUUUGCUGGUGUUCCUGGCUUACAAGGCAUUAAGGGCAACAUGGGCCCCCCUGGUCCAGUUGGGCUCCCUGGAGCAUUUGGAUUCAAAGGUGUAAGGGGUGAGCCUGGCCUUAUGGGGAUGCCAGGUAAAGAUGGACCUCCGGGGGAUCCUGGUUACCUUGGGCUGAAAGGUGAAAUGGGUCGUCGAGGUCUCCCUGGGCGGCCAGGAGCUCCAGGGAUAACCCCACAGCCAGAGAAAAUCACAGCUCCUGCAGGCUUACCUGGCUUGCCAGGGAUCGAUGGGGUCCCUGGCUUUGAUGGAGAUCCUGGAUUCCAGGGCCCAGUUGGGAAACCAGGUGCAAAAGGUCUGCCAGGCAGAUCUGGCUUGAAAGGACACGAUGGUUUAACUGGAUCACCUGGCAUCGUUGGGGAUCCGGGACCUUUGGGUGCUCCAGGACCACAGGGGUUUGAAGGUGUUGCUGGAAAGAUGGGCUCCGUUGGUUUGCCAGGAAUGCCUGGCCGGAGCGUGGGCGUUGGAUACACUUUGGUGAAACACAGCCAGUCAGAGCAAAUCCCACCAUGUCCCAUAGGAAUGAACAAGCUCUGGGAUGGCUACAGCUUAUUGUACGUGGAGGGGCAGGAAAAGUCACAUAACCAGGAUCUUGGUUUUGCUGGCUCCUGUUUGCCUCGUUUCAGCACCAUGCCCUUUAUUUACUGCAACAUCAACGAAGUGUGCUAUUACGCCAGCCGAAAUGACAAGUCCUACUGGCUCUCCACCACUGCUCCCAUCCCCAUGAUGCCCGUGGCGAGCAUACAGAUCUCCCAGUACAUCAGUCGUUGCUCGGUGUGUGAAGCACCUUCCCAGGCUGUGGCAGUGCACAGCCAGGAUAUCACCAUCCCACAGUGUCCUGUUGGCUGGCGCAGCCUCUGGAUUGGAUACUCUUUCCUUAUGCACACUGCAGCAGGGGCGGAAGGUGGAGGUCAAUCCCUUGUCUCACCUGGCUCUUGCCUGGAGGAUUUCCGUGCCACUCCAUUCAUUGAAUGCAAUGGUGCCAGGGGAUCGUGCCAUUACUUUGCAAACAAGUACAGCUUCUGGCUGACGACAGUGGAGCAGUCGCAGCAGUUUCUCAGUGCACCUCCCUCAGAAACUCUGAAAGCAGGACAGCUUCGAACACGCGUCAGCCGUUGCCAAGUGUGCAUGAAGAACUUAUAGGAAUAAAAGUGCAAAGUUCAAUAGAUGUGUUUACUGUGUAAGAGUUUAGACAUCACUGAUUUGAGGAAAGAUAAAUACAUAAACUUGUUUUGUGUGUGGUUGAUGAAUGAAUCAAGGUGGCCAGAAUUCUACCAAAAUCAAGUGUCAACUCUGGGAAUUUGACUUUACCACGAGGCGUGAGAAACCAGUUCUCUGAAGCCUCUAUUUUAUGAAACAUGGUGCUAUGCUUUUACUUUUUAUGUUUUGUUUUGUUUUCCAUUCACGGCUACCUCAGAAAGUCUCUGUACUUAUUCAGAUUGAAGAGUAACUAUACUGCUUGUUACUUCACUCACCUGUCCCAGACACGUCAAUUGUUAACAGAGCUUUUCAAAAGCUGUGUUCUACUUAGAGUCUUUGCAAAAAGCAUUUGGUCCAGUGUAAGAGAAUCAAGAAUCACUUUUCUACAAAAUACAGACUAGCUAAAAUUAAUUACAGCAUCACAAGUGGCUUAGAAAUAGAAUGCAUUAGGGAUAACUGACUUCUAUAGGAAGACUCAAAGAUGGAAUUUUUCUGCUCUGCUUAGUAAUCAGAGGUAACAGCCUCUGGUUCCACUGAUAUGUGAUGAGUUCUAAUUCAGUCAUAUCCCUUGUCCCUAAAGAGCCACCCCAAUUAAAACCACAACACUUAAUGUGACGAUGAGUUCAAAGCCUCCCUCUUGCUCAUGGAGCUGUCAGUUGAAAUACAUUCUAAGUAGAGGCCUGCAUCAAGGUCUGUGCUUAUCUCCUUGCAGUCAGAUUAGCUGCAGCCACACAACGCAUGCAAUUGCAAUGAUUAUCAGCUUGCUUUCUGAGGUAGCCCUGGCACAGUUUUUUUGUAAUUAUCAGAGCUGUGUAUAUUUAAAAAGUAGGGUCUUUACUAGAUAACAUGCAAGUUUAUGCAAAUAUAGAAACAAGCAGUUAUAGGAUGUACAUUUUUUACUUCUACAAUACUUCUAAAAUAUGUUGUAUUCUUUUUUGGACUUCAAUUCUGUUAGUUAAAAAAAUGAGAAAAAUGUUGUUUUCUAAUGCACUGUCACAUUGUCACACUCCUUCACAGCAUUAUCAAAGGCAAGUGCCACAAGUUGUAUUUUCCUAGAAUAUUUUGAGAGCCAUGGAAAACAAGUGUGUGCUAAUAUCAAUUAUUUCAGUUAAGCUGAAGUUAUUAUUAUCAACUUAUAUUUCCACAGUGAAGUGUGUGACGUUUUUUAUAGGAACAUUCCAAAACCUUUGGGGGAGGGAUUAAAAAAAAAAGUGCCUUGCCAACACGCUCUGACCUUGCUUUACUAGGCCUAGGGGUCAGUCUCUGUCUAGUGAAAUACUUAAGAACAUGCUUCUUUUAGCAGCUAAUACAAUGUUUUUACUUUUAACAAUUAUUUACAUGCAUAAUAUAACUGUAACUUCCUGGAUCAAGGGUCAGAGCUCUGCAUGUACUUGAGGCACAGUGGAGAUGAGCAGAGACUCUGCGAAGAAUAAUUUAGUCUUUCAUUUCUUUCUACUUGCAAAAGAUCUUCAAUCAUUUGUAUGUAUUUUGUGAAUAUCUUUAAAGUAUAUUAAUGCUAUGGAGUAAUAAUGCAUUUAUGCAGGGCACUGAAUCUGCCUUUUGGCUGUCCCUGCACAGAAAGAUGGCACUGCAUUUACAGCUUAGGUUGUGCAAGUGCAACUUCAAAUCACUGUCUGCACCAUGAAGGUCGCUGCGCAAUCUGCACAAAUAACUGGCUAAAAAAAUCACUGUAGCUUCCCACACUGUGCUCCCUCAGUGCCAUCAGAAGAGCUGUUGAUCCUGUAUUGGGUUAACAAGGACCUGGAAUAAUUUUUGAACUUGGAUACAUGGAAAUACAAGUUUAUAUUAUUUCCAGAGAAAUUUCCUUGAGAAUUGAAUGAGAAUUCCCUCAUGCAUUUCAAGCCUUACUCUCCUCUAAGGAGUUGCUUCUAGUGCAAUAUCGUGGCUUGUCUGAUACCAGUGUCCAAACUUCCAUCAAGUUCAACAAAUUUGGCCUCUUUUCCACCCUGUUUACCCAUAAGCC